AUGAAAGCAUUAUUUGGGCCAUAUCUUUUUGGCAAAGCAGGCUUGGUAGAAUCCCACAUCCUGGAUCUUCAGCCACUUAUUCUUUUGUAUUUUUCGUCUAGCACUUGAUUUCCUUGUAGAGAGUUCACUCCGAAACUCAUAGACUUUUGCAGGUUCCAUACCAUUCUUUUAUACAAUCUUCACAAGCUAUUUUUUGAUAGUCAAAUAUUGCUUUGCGAAAACCUAAAACAAAAGUCUAAAAUAUUUGACGAAAUUCCCCGACCAACUGUCUGACUAUUUAAAAACGCAUAGAGUAAGAAUUAUGAACAACUUUUACAAUAAAGUAAAUACACCAACAAAGCAAGCUGAAAUAGUUCUUAUUCCUUGAGAUAUGAAUGAGACUGAUUAG